AGUUGCCACGUGCACAUUUCAUUGAUCAAGAUUUCAGCAUUCCGCGCUGCGCACUCCACUCCCAAUUCACAUUUCCAAUCCCAAUUUUUCAUAAACAAGAUACGAUUUUACGUCGACGAGGACCAAAAUCAUCGUCAUUAACUUCGAAUCCUGCUUACUGUUGAUAUGGAGAAUGGAAAUCAAACAUCUGAUGCUGAUGUAGGGAUUUGGUAUUCGAGUUUGGCAUAUGAUCAAUGGGUCACACUUCCUGUUGCUGGUCGUCGACCCCCGGGUCGUUACAAGCAUGCUGCAGCUGUUGUUGGGCAGAGGCUUUACAUUUCUGGUGGCAGUCGUAAUGGUCGCCAUUUAGCAGAUGUGCAGGUUUUAGAUUUUACUAGCUCCACAUGGUCGUCACUGAGGCUUUCUGCUAUCCCUGACGCAGUGCAAUCUGAAAGUGAUAGAUUGGUACAAGGCUUCCCAGCCACCUCAGGACACCACAUGAUUGUUUGGGAACAAAAGCUGCUUUGUCUUGAUGGACAUUCAAAGUACUCUAGUUUUGUAACAGUACGGUUUUUGGAUCUAGAGACACUUGAAUGUGGAGUUAUGGACACUGUUGGAGAUCUUCCGGUUGCUCGUACAGGAGAGUCUGUGACACUAGUUGGAUCAAAGUUGAUAAUGUUUGGCGGUGAAGAUGCCCGCCGGAAACUUCUGAAUGAUAUACAUAUUCUUGAUCUUGACACAAUGACUUGGAGUAAAGUUGAAGCUACGCAGAACUCGCCUUCUCCAAGAUAUGAUCAUGCAACUGCUGUGCAUGCUGAACGCUACCUCCUAGUUUUUGGCGGGUGUUCUCAUUCUACUUGUUUCAAUGAUUUAUAUGUUCUAGACUUGAAUACAAUGGAGUGGUCUCAGCCUGAGACACGAGGUGAUUAUGUAUCUCCUCGAGCUGGACAUGCUGGUAUUACAGUUAAUGGAAACUGGUACAUAGUUGGUGGUGGCGACAACAAAAGUGGAUCCCUUGAUACACUAGUGCUCGACAUGAACAAGCUUGUUUGGUCUGUGGUGGCUACGGUAAAUCUAAGGGAUCCACUUGCUAGUGAGGGAAUCAGCAUCUGCUUAGCUAAUAUUCACGAGGAACAAUUUUUGGUUGCUUUUGGAGGAUACAAUGGCAAUUAUAACAAUGAGGUACUUGUUAUGAGACCCAAACUGAAGGAUUCUGCACGUCCUAAGAUAUACAUGUCACCUGCUGCAGCAGCUGCUGCAGCAUCUGUCACUGCAGCUUAUUCCUAUAAAUCUGAAAAGCCUCCGGAAUUACCUAAGCCAGAAUCUGUUUACCCAAAACAGGAUGGUUCCCCUGUUUUGGCUAACAUGAAAGAUGCCAAAAGACUGUUAGAAUUGUCGCUUAUUGAAGUCAGAGAAGAAAAUUCUAUGCUGAAAGGAAAGAUUGACGAAAUUAACAGUAACCAUGAAGAACUAUCCAAGGAACUUACUUCUGUCCAAGGGCAAUUGAUAUCAGAGAGAUCAAGAUGCUUUAAGUUAGAGGCUCAGAUAGCAGAGCUAGAACGCUUGUUAGAAUCACGCCCUUCCAUAGAGGCUGAAUUACAGUCACUCAGGAAGGAGAAAUCCACCUUUGAGCAGAUUUUAGAGCAUGAUCCGGCAGUCCAGAGGCAAGGUUCCAGGGGUGUUUGGCAAUGGCUUUCUGGAGGUGAAGGCAGUCCUUGAGAGUUCAAGGUCUCCGAUUGACGUUUCCGCUGAAAAUUGUGGUCAAGUUGUUGCAGCUAUGCUAGCUUUUUGUUCGGAUGUUGCCAAGCUGAUGACAUUAGUAAGACAACGAUUAUAUUGCGAUAGCUGCAAAUUCGGUAUUUGAUACUUAAGCUUAUUAUAGUUAAAAUGUGGAUCAUAUACCUGAAAAAGUCGUGAAUAUUAGUGUAACAAUGUUUUCCAUGAGGCUUAUUCAAUUGGAUUAUUUGAAUGUCAUUUUUUUUUCUUACAGCCUCUAUAUUAGUAGCUGCAAAUUCGGUAUUUGUAACCGUCCGUUUCUCCUGUCUCGUAUCAUUGUUCUUCCUUUAUAUGGAAUAGUGUAUAGCCGAAACAAUUUAUGCGUUGAUUUAUCGAAUUUUGUAAGGAUUUGUUUUGAA